GGCGAAUUCAUCCUCUCGUACUCUUCAGCACCCAAAGGUGGACACACAGGCCAUGCAAUGUCCCCCCAUAUCACGUGGUUUCUUGUUGCUAUAACCGCUCGACGAAUCUAACUGGAGCAGUGGAGCUACAGCAACUUGUCUGGAGACAUUACUAUCAGACCUGCAUACUAUAGGUCCACCUUGCAGGACUAUGGAGCCCACUCUCAACUACCACCUUGGCCCGGGCCUCGACAUCAGUGACGAGGCAAGAUACAAGCCCUGUCAAGUUCUUUCUGCCCACCAAGUCCCUCACGUUGUCUGGUUCGAGGAUGCUCUUUUCCACUAUGGUGUGCCCACCGUCGUGUUUGAUCUCUAUAUUCUCGUCACGGACAUCAACCAAGCAGCCAGUCUUCUGGCGGAAGCCGGAUGGACUUUCGACAUGCAACCCCCGCAUCGCAUCGGGAAUGAAAAAGUGGACUUGACGGUUUUCCCCCAGCAGCGACUCAUCUCCCCGAAUAGAGAGACAAGGGUGGUCCUCCUUCCCCCAGCGGACUGGAAGUUUUCGCUCACACCCACCACGCCCUUGGAGCAUGCAUCUUUGAAAAACGACAUCUACACUGUGCCUUUUCCCUCGCUCGCCGGCCUCCUAGAUGCCCUGAUCGAAAGCUGGCUGGACUGCCCGAACGAAUCGUUACUGAUAGGGCUGGCCUGCCAUAUCUCCUACCUGUAUGAGUAUGUGCCAGCCGUGAAGGAGAGGUCGUUCGCUGAGAACAUGAAAUACGAACACCGCCAGUUCCACGCCGACGUGUUGUCCGGGAUGGAGACUGGGACGCUACCGUUUCGAAGACACCAACGGGCUAUUCGAGAUGCGCUGGUCAAGGGCCAGUACGAGUUGCAGGAAUGCUCUGCUUCUCCGGAGACCCACAGAGAGCUGUAUUCUAUAUGGAGUGAGCGUGCUCUUAAGUCUGAUGGGGAAGAGCAGGAGAAGGUGGAUGCUUUGACAUCAGCAGAGACAGGACCGGAUGCUAGGGGGUUAUCGUUGUUGCUGUUCCUGUGUUUUUGUUUUGUUAUGAUUUGGCUCUUUGCUCCCCAUCUCUGAUCGGUGGAUUACUUGCCGGAUCCCUAGUCAGCCAGCGCCUUAUGGUUUUUCUUGUCCCCCUUCUGCUUGAUUAUAUCAAUUGAUGAUUGGUUUUAUGGAGGAAGAUGCUUAUGGUUCCGCAACGAAGAAAUGCAAGCAACACAUCAUUCUAAUAUGGUAAUGAAGAAUCCAU